AAUAAUGUGUAGCGCCUUGUGAUUGAUUUUGGGGAUGGAUGUGCACAAACCAUACAAGAUAUCGAAGCCAUGAAUGGUCAUUGGGCCACCAGUCCUUCCAUGAUGUCACAGCCUUCCGUUGCCCUUGUUCGGCGCAAAGGUAGUUGUGUACGUUGGUCAGACAAGAUUGCGCAUGUUCAAUAUUUAUCUGCUGAAUACAACCUACAGAUCACAAGUAUUGUGAUUUAUGACAACAUUCUGUACAACGACACUCAAUUCAUAUCCGAAUCCACAGACGAUGCUGAUUACCCUACAUUUACAGAUCCUUUACCUUCUUACCGAGAUAUUCAGUUCAUGACAGAAGAAAAUACACUGGACCUUGGCUCUACUUUUGUAGCUGUCUAUUUUGUGCCAUUGAGCUAUAUUCAGUACUUAAAUCAGACAUUGAUCCAAAGGACAUUUGAACCCAAUGGCACACGACAAGUCUAUACCCAAUUGACCUUUUCAUUGAGUGAGCACUACUUUCCCCCCAGUAACACAACCCAGACCAAUGAGGAUGAUGCGUGGAACAGAGAACGAGAAAAACGCAAUUAUAUCAUUUAUGCUAUUACAGCAGGUGUUGUCUUGAUCUUGGUUUUUUUUGUCAUACGAUGGUGCCUUGCUUUUCGAAUCCAAGAAGACCAGGUUGAAAGAGGCGAGUCGUUGCUACUGAGAGAUAUUCGUGAUCAUGUGAUUGCCUUUGACGAUUUAGAACGUCUGUGUCCUGUCUUAAGAUACGGCGAUACAAGCAUGACCAAUACCGUCUGUGCUAUCUGCCUCGAUGAAUUCUUGGCUGACUUCUUUGUGCGUGUGCUACCUUGUCAUCAUGGCUAUUGUACUGCUUGCAUUGGUAAUUGACAUACAUACGAAUGAGACAUGCUUACUCCUUAUUUCUUAUAGAUGUAUGGCUCACCAAAAAAUCAUGUAUGUGUCCUAUUUGUAAAUAUGAUUGUCGAAAAGCAUUAGAGCCAUCUUGUUC